AAAAAGUAUAGAAUCGAUUGCUUGCCUUGCUGAAAGGGCUCUGAUACGUGUAUAUAAAUAUAAAAAAUUUUAAAAUUAAAAUGAAAUUAUUGUAUUUCUCGCUAUUUGUGUCAUUAAUUGACUUUAUUAAUUCAGUAGAAUUAACGUUUGAACUGCCUGAUAAUGAUAAACAGUGCUAUUAUCAAGAGAUAGAGAAUAAUAGAUCAGCAAUCCUUGAAUACCAGGUAAUUACUGGUGGACAAUAUGAUGUAGAUGUGGAACUUUUGUCACCGACUAAGGAAAUUCUUUAUAAACAGAUAAAAAGUCAGUUCGAUAGUCAUCAAUUUACAGCCACACAAAGUGGAGUUUAUUCAGCGUGCUUUAGCAAUGAAUUUUCAACGUUUUCACAUAAGCUAGUUUAUAUGGAUUUCAGCUUAUCAGAUUCCGAAAAUCCUUUACCGGGAACAGAAGAACAUGCAACUGUGUUGACACAAAUGGAAUCGACAGCUCAAGAAAUUCACAAGAGUCUCAAUGCAAUUCUUGAUUAUCAGACGCAUCACAGACUGCGAGAGGCUCAAGGUAGAAAGCGAGCAGAAGAUCUCAAUGAACGCGUUUUAUGGUUUAGUUUAAUAGAAACAUCUGCAGUUCUUGUAAUUGCUAUUACUACCGUAAUCGUAUUAAGGUCGUUCUUUACUGAAAAGAGACCUAGUCAUGUGCAUUCUAAUAUACGCUAUCAAGGAUUCAAAUGAGAUGUGCUUAAAACAAAAUUUAGUCUUUUGAACUUUCAUCCAUUUCAAAAAAAUUUUAUAGUAUAUCCACUUAACAUGAUUUUCAUGAGAACUUGCUUUUCGGAAUAUGGCAAAAAUUGCAAACACGAUUAUUUUUUUGUGUUAUAAACUUUGUUCUUUACCUUAUAAUCUAUUAAUAAAGAAAAACUGAUUGGAAAAUGAAAUCCUAGAUAGUCUUGCUGAUAUUGAUUUAUUGCUGUAACUGCUUAA